GUGUGUAUUAACUCUCAUCCCCCAAACUAAACUCAAAAUCACAAAAUUAAAUCCGAUCUCUUUUAAUUUCUCUCUCUGAUCAGCUCUCUAAAUAUGAAGUUCUUUUCAGCACCAAUUUUCCUUUUGCUCCUCAUUUUUGGCUCUGGGAUGGCGCCAAUGGUGGCGGAGGCGAGGGUAUGCGAAUCUCCGAGCCACAAUUUCAAGGGUCUGUGCUUUAGUGACACAAAUUGUGGGAAUAUCUGCAAGACAGAGGGGUUUAGCGGUGGCGUUUGCAGGGGAUUUCGCCGUCGCUGCUUUUGCACAAAGCACUGUGUUUGAAAUAUCUCCAAUAACCAACUAAUUAAAUAAAUAAAUGUCUAUUUCUAGUAGACUAUAUAUGCUUUUCGACUUUGUAUGAAGAAUAAAAUUGGCCAAAUAAUGGCCAUCGUCUUUUGACCAUCCUUAGCUUACUUUUUUAUAUUUUUCUCUCCUAAUCUUCUUUAUGUGUUUGUUUCUGGUUUUAUUACAUUUAUGCAAUAAUAUUUGUGUGUGGUUUAAUUUGGAUGCUUA